CUAAUUCGAUGGCGAGGUAAACAACAAAUUUACGUUUGUUUUAAUUAUUUGCUUAACGCGGUUUAUCAUUUUGAUACUUUUAGCCUAACUACGUGAAUUCCCAACAAGGACAAACAAAAACAACAUUUUGGUCCUCUGAUUGCAGUUGGUACACUAGAUGAGUGGUACUAGUAGCGUUCCGGUUGGUGGACUUGUCCCGCCACCCCUUGUGCCUUUGCCUAAUUGUCACGCACGAGCGAAACAGGUACAGGCACGCCUGUUCAACGAGAUCCCCAUUCCCACGAGCUACAUAGCUAACUGCCGGCUCUGCUUGGGUACCCAAUUUGGAAACAGAUGUACAACCAUUAUUGACGAGCCGUUAAUCACCAUGAUGAAGCAGGUGUUUCCCAUCGUGAUAGCGAACCAGAUAGGGCUACCGAUGAAUGUGUGCACCGAAUGCGUAAAGACGGUGGAGACAUUUUACAUGUUCAGCAGUCAGGUGUUGGCCAAUCAGAACAAGUUGUUGGCAACCUUGCCGGAUGUAAUACGUCCGGUACAAAAUAAUGAUGGUGUGGAAUGUAGAGAAAAUCCGGUCUCGACACAAGAACCACAAGAGAACGUUCUCCGUGAGGAACCGGAGGCUCCGAUUGAUACGGAUUUGUUGAUAAAAAUAGAAAAAGACGAUGAACAAGAAGGUUCCGACCCACUAGCAACUACUGAAGAUAUUGUAUUCGAUGUCAUCGACGAAAUUCCCGAUUUAAAGCUAGAAGAAGAGGCAAUUGAUCUAUUCGAGCUAAACUCUAAUGCUGGGAUGGACCCACUAUUGAAGGAAACAACAAACCCACUCGAGAUAAAUCCUGAUGCUGGGAUCAACUUACAACUGGAGGUUAAGGAAGAAAUGUUAACAGAUCCGUCACCUGAUAGUGUCGCAGAUAGCGAAACACUGGCGCAAGAUUCACUUGUCAAGGUAAAACCGAAGAAACAAUCUAAACGGAAUGUACCUCCAGGAUCCAGAGUGUUCAAUCGUCCACUUAAUUUUUGUCCAGUGCAUAGUAUCUGGUUUGAACUCAAUCAAAUAAGCAGCGAACCAGAGCUAAUAGAACUGAACCGACGAUUAAAAGAUCAUGUAUUUAUGCAGCAGCUGAUAAACUGUUUGCAACAUACAACGGAAGAAUCAAUUUCGGUUCACUUGAUGAAUAAAUCGUUCGACAUUCUGUUUGACGUAGAUUUCCUUGCAUCCUGUGGCUGGCGCAAUGUGGAGGGAAAAAUACCUCUGCAACACCAUUCCAAAAUUCAUGAGCUGUUCAAUAGGUUGGGUGUACCCGAAGGACAAAAAAUGGCAGCGUAUAAAAUUCAGAGAUACUUUGUCGUGAAAAUACAACUUGCAAGACGACGAGCUCAAGAAUCAUUAGAUGAAUUGUCAUCAGAGGACCAAGCGCAGGCGAUCCUAUGCAAUUUGGUACCUACAAGUGGAAAAGAAAACGCCCUACAAGCUCAAGAUUUUACUUCCACACACCGAUUGAAAAAACGACGUAAAAUGUAUCCAUCGGUCCAAGAAGUUCUUAUUCAUCCUAAGCGUAACUGUUGUUCGCUGAAACUCAAGCAAAUUAGAAGCCUUCCAGUGCUCAUCGAGUUUAAUCGUCGACUAGAAGAUGAAGAGUUCAUGAAGCAAGUCAUAAAGUAUUUGCAGUACGAGGCGAAAGAACCAAGGCCGGAUCUCCUCAUGAAUAAAUCGUUGGACAUGCUGGUAGAUAGGCAUUUCUUAGCAACCUGCCUCUGGCGUGGAGAUGCUCAAAACUCCUUGAAACAACAUUCAAAGAUUUUGGAGCUGUUUAGUAGAUUAGGUGCUUCGGAAGGAACGAAACUGCCAGGAUUUAAAGUUGGUGCUUAUUUCCAACUUCGACUUAGCUAUGUAAAGCGAAGAGAAAAGUUUUACAAUACAUCGAGCGGAACAACGGAUGAAGCAAAUUCUAACAGUGAUACAGAACUGCAAGAAGAGGACAUUUUGCGCGAUAGCAUAGGUGAUACACCGUGUACAAGUGUAGAAGAAAGUGUAGAACAAGCUCAAGAGACAAAUUUCAAAGAUCAACUGAAGAAACGUAAUCUCAAAGGACCGAUGCGCUUUGUUCGAUUCAAUUCGGGUGCAACUUGCUGCAAGCUCGAUAUCAAACAAAUUACCAGCGAACCAGAGAUGGCAGAGCUUAAUCGUCGACUGGGAGACGAAGAAUACAUGAAGCAGAUCGUCAGUUACAUACAGUUUGAAACUGGAGAAUCAAGGCCAGAUCCGCUGAUGAAAAAAACGCUUGACAUUCUGUUUGAUAGACGUUUCUUUGUCGGCGUAAGUUGGUCCGGAAAAUGUAAUAAAAUAGCUUUAGAACAUUAUUUAAACAUCCUCGAAUUGUUUAAAAGGUUAGGUGCGUCAAAUGGUGUGAACGCAUCAUCAGAACAAAUAGAAAGGUUUUUUAAUACUAAAUUUAGACACGCAAAGCGACGAGCGACUUCAAAGACAGUCAACAGUGCGUCGGCUGCGGAAGCCAUGCAACAGGAAACAGGAAAUCGUAGUGAUUGAUGGGAAAAGUAAAUAAAAUAAAAUAAACCAUAUAAAUGU